ACACAUUCUUCCUCUGGGCACUGCAACGACUCAAGUGACCAAAAUAAAACUACUAAUGUGAUACCCAUUUUACCACACUUACCUAUUUAUUCAACACUUUGUUGACAAACUCGGAAAUAAAUUUACAGAUUAAACUCUAGCCGUUUGUACUGAAAGUUUUGGACGAGGAAAUAUCUACAUACUCACACCAAGAAUCCAGAUGGACUUUAAUUUGUAUCCUGGGAUGAAUCGAGAACAUCCAAAGGGCCCAGAAACGUUCGAGGAUGAUACGAAUUGUGACCAGCGUCCCGUCAUCACGCAUGACCCCUACACGAAGGUGCCAUGUGAGAUUUGCAACAAAAGCCCUCAUGCGAUCACACGAUGACAUUCUAUACCAACGGGGAGCAACCACGUUGCGACAUUUGCCACCAGGCGUCUUUUUUAACUACAAAUUUACCGAACGAUAUCAAAGCCGUCCACAGCACGGGGGAACGACCCCGUUUCCCAUGUACGUUCUCCGGCUGCAAAAAAUCCUACCUGAGCAAAUACCAAGUUACGGAACACCAUAAAAUUGAGCAUUCGAAGAAUCCGGUCCGAUUCCCGUGCUCCGUUUGCGGGAAACAGUUCAAAAGGAUGUCAGAUCUUAGAAAACACAAUUUCACCCAUACGAACGCGAAGCCUCAUAAGCAUACCCCGGACAAAUAUUUUUUUAUCCUACCCUACUCGUGUUGAGCUCAACAUGAGUAGGGUAGGAUAAAAAAAUAUUUUUCCGCGGUAUGCUCAUAAGUGUGCCACUUGUGGGAGAAGUUUCGCGCAGGUGGGAAGCAUGAAACGCCACGAGAUUAAACACUUUGUGUAGUCAAAGGUUUGGACAAGCAAAUCCAUACUCACACCCAGAAUCCAGAUGGACUAUAAUUGGACUCAUCCUGGGACGAAUCGAGAAGAUCCAAAGGGCCCAUUAACGUUCGAGGCUGAUACGAAUUGUGACCAGCGUCCCGUGAUCACGCAUGACCCCUACACGAAGAUGCCAUGUGAGAUUUGCAACAAAAGCCCGUCUACCUUAUCCGAUCACGUGAAGACCUUCCACACCAACGAGGAGCAACAAAGUUGCGACCAGGCGUCUUUCUCAACUACAAAUUUACAGAACGAUACUAAAGCCGUCCACAGCACGGGAGAACGAUUCCGUUUUCCAUGUACGUUCCUCGGUUGCAAUAAAUCCUACCUGAGCAAAUACCAAGUUACGAGACACAAAAAAAUUCAGCAUUCAGUAAAUCCUGCCCGAUAUCCGUGCACCGUUUGCGGGAAGAAGUUCAAAAGGAUGUCACAUCUUAGAACACACAAUCUAACCCACACGAAAGAGAAGCCUCAUAAGUGUACCACUUGUGGGAGGAGUUUCGCGCAGGUGGGAAGCAUGAAACGCCACGAGUGGACACACUUGGAAAAAUCGAGCCGAGAGAUCUUCAAGUGCAACCUUUGUCCUGAAACUACCUCCCGGAAACAUAGCUUACAUAGCUUAAAAUACCACAUCCGAGUUGCGCAUGGAAAGGGGAAGAAUUAUCCGUGCUCAUAUUGCGAAAAAAAGUGGGCGAGCGUUCAAGGUUUGAAGCGUCACGUGGAAGCGAGACACUCCGAUUACAAAAGGUAUCACCACUGCGACAAAUGCGAGUAUAAAAGCCACGUGAAGUUUUAUUUAGAGCGACAUGUGAGAAUUAAACAUAUUGCGAAUCCUUCUGCGGCAGGAAGUUUGGCGAAUUUAACCGUUUAGUCCGCCACUAUAGGAAAAUGCAUACCAUGGAACGGUAACAUUUAAGUUUUAGUUGGUCACAUGUUGAUAUCUUUUAAUUUAUGAUUAAGAUAUUUUCAAGCGAAUUUUUUCCCCCUGAAAGAUGUAUUUUAUAUUAGUUCAAAAAUUCUGAUUUUUAGAAUUCCUUGGCCAGAACAAUGUUACCCUCUGAAUAAAAAACAAUUUAUUUAGCUCACGACAUAUCAGAUAUAUAUUUGUUAAUUUUCAAUUUUUUCAUUUGAUGACGACCUACUAUCAAAAUAUGUAUGUGCGUAUGUUUUCUAACUCUUAUAUGUCACAGAUAUUUCAAUACAGUUUUACCUAUGAUUACAUGUUUCUAAGUUUUCAUAUAUUUAAACAGUUAUUAAUUUUUACGCUACAUAUUGCUCGAAAAGUGAAUAAAUGUUUUAGAUAUGUUUUCAG